AUGGCAGAUGAAGCUGCUGACAUUUCAAAUAAGGAGAAUGUUUCUGUAGUAAUAAGAUUUCUGGAUACAACUAAAACCAUCCGAGAAGAAUUUAUUGGGUAUUACAUUUGUGAGGAGGGAUUAACAGGGGAGGCUAUCAAGGACAUUAUAACUGCAGCUGUAGCAAACUUAGGAUUGACAAUGGAAGACUGUCGUGGGCAGUGUUAUGAUGGUGCAGGCAAUAUGGCUGGAAGACUAAAUGGAGCCUCCUCAUUGAUCAGUGCAGAACACGAAAAGGCAAUCUAUGUCCACUGCAUGAACCACAGGCUUAAUUUGUGCAUAGCAGACACUUGCCAAUUGCCAAUUGUCAGGAACAUGAUGGAUAUUGUGCGCAAGAUUUCUAAUUUUUUUAACAACUCUCCCAAGCGUCAACAACAUUUAAUAGCCAAGAUCAGAGAACUAUUGCCUCGGGCAAACCAUACUGUUUUAAUUGAUGUGUGCCGCACACGAUGGAUUGAACGGAUUGAUGGAAUGGACCGCAUAGUUGAACUUCCCUACCCAGUCACAGCUACACUUGAAGACAUCUCACUUAACAGAAACAGCCCUGGAGACUCAACCUGGAAUCCAACAAGCAGACAUGAUGCUCAGUCCUUAAUUAAUGCAAUCAACUUUUCCUUUAUUGUUUCUCUUGUUAUUGUCAGACAUAUUUUGGGAUUAACUAGACCACUCACAGUGAAGCUGCAACAAAAAGCAAUGGAUCUUCUAAAAGCUAAAGAUGAAUUUGCUCUUUUGAAAUCAGUCCUUGAAGACAUGAGCACUGACAUUGAUAACAGACAUCAUAAUCUCUACCAGGAAGCAGUGACCAUUGCAAGACAAGUAGCAGUCCAGCCAGAAAUGCCAAGGAUAGCCCAGAGACAAAUGCAUAGAAAUAAUGCUCCUGUUGCAACUCCUGAGGGAUAUUUCAAGAUCAAUCUCACUAGAGUUUUUCUUGACCAUGUACUCCAGCAGCUCAACACCAGAUUCCAGGAUGAUGUAUUUGUUUGCUAUAAAGGUAUUUCGAUUAUUCCCUCUGUUUUACUAGCUACUGACCCUGCCUGGAAGGCCAAUGUUUUGGAAUUUUGUAACCAUUACAGACAGGACAUACCAAAUUAUGCAGGAUUACAGGCAGAGCUUUUGUUAUGGGAGAGAUUGUGGAAGGGGAGGGAUAACAGAGGAGAUAUUAUUCCUGACAGUUUGGAGGCUACACUGAAGGAUAUUGACAAAGAUGCAUAUGUCAACAUCUAUUCCAUGCUGAAAGUCCUGAUCACAAUUCCAAUUUCAUCUGCAUCUUGUGAGAGAUCCAUAUCAUCCCUUCGGAAUCUUAAGAACUAUUUGAGAAAUACAAUGACCCAGGACAGACUGAAUGGAUUGGCACUGAUGCAUGCCCACAGAGACAUGGAUUUUGACCUUGAACGUAUAAUAGAUUUAUUUGCUGAGUUACAUCCUAGGAGAAUGAGAAUGGCAAACAUUUUGUAA